CAGAUGAGGAAUGGAGUAGAUGGAGAAGGCUGAGAGUUUUGAGUCUUACGUUAGUGGCAGGCCAAUGCUUCAGCUGACGGUCGGAGGGGCGUAGUCUAGUUUAGUAUUCAACACAUUUCCUCAUCAUCUUCCCUGGUCAGCCAUUGUCUCCCAGGAUCAUAUCCUUUCAAAGAGGAAGUGACACAGAAAGAACACCUUCACUAAUCAACCAUCCAAAAUGCGAUUCCUUUGUCUCCACGGCGCAGGUACCAACGCAGAAAUCUUCGAGAUCCAAUCCGGUGGAAUCACAUACGACCUCGCAAAAUAUGGCCAUACGUUCAAAUACUACAAUGGCUGCAUGGAAGCUGAAGUUGAGCCUCAGCUGAAAGGCCUCUUUACUGGCCCCUUCUACAACCACUAUCCGCGUGACCGGGCACCGGGCGAAUAUCUCGCCCCCGCCAUGAAGCACGUCUACGAUAUCAUCGAGCGUGAGGGACCCUUUGACGCCGUUAUGGGAUUCUCGCAAGGUGCUGCACUGGCAUGCGCCAUGAUCGCACAUCAUGCAAAGACGCAUCAGGAGCCUCUGUUCAAGGUCGCCGUAUUUAUCUGCGGUGCCGUACCGUUCGAUAGCACUGGCAACGAGAUCAUUCCUGAGCCUUCAGCUGGGGACGAGUAUCCGGUCAAUAUCCCCACGGCAAAUAUUGUGGGAAAGCAGGAUGAGCUAUAUCCGUCUAGUAUGCGUUUGUCCAGGCUGUGUGAUCCGAGCAAGAUGAGUUUCCAUGAUCACGGGUCGAAGCAUAUGGUGCCGUUUGAUGUGAAGAACACCGAGGCCAUGGUUGCUGUUAUUGAGGCUGCGGUUCAGAAGGCUUUGAGGGGAGAAUAGAUGGGGGUUGUAUAUUCGAUUACGAGCGAUGAAUAGAUU